AAAAAACUUACAAAAUCCGAAUUGAACACUUGUGAUCAAAUUAGAGAACGCCUUCUGAUAUCAAGAAAUGUUAUUAAAAUUAAUUAUGAUGAACUAAAAAGUGAAUAUUUGAAUACAAGUGAUAAAAAAAAUUUUCUUACACAAUUUCGUGAAAAAUGGCUUAGAUUUAAAUCAAAAAUAGUUGCCAUAAAACAAAGUUGUGAUAUUGAUGAUGUUCUCCACAAAAGAGCAGAAUUUUUACUUUUAGGAAAUUAUCUUGUUUCAACUGCAGACAAUAACAUAUCAAUUCUCAAAAAUUAUAACAAAGUUGUUUACAAGCGAUUCUCCAUUCUUAACGAUAUUAUCGGAGAUGAAAUUUUAUUACUUCCCUUCCAUAUAUCAUUUUACACAAAGAAUAGAAAUGUGAGUAAAGUAAAAUCUUUAAUAAAAUGGUUCAAAAAUGGUAAAGGUGAAGAUCUUUCAAAAAAGAAAAUUCAGUGCUCUUUUUGUAACGAAUUGAUUAAUCUUAGACCUCAAAUUCAACAAUAUUUAGCUUCAGAAAGUUUUAUAGAUCAAUUCGAAAUUUGUCAUAUUCAUACUUCAGAAUCUCAUGUUGUUCUAAAUGGAAAAGAGAAAAAUUAUCCAUUAACAAUCGAUUUUGAUAAUCUUUCAAAACGCAUCAAAAAACUGUUUUCAGAAUUAUUAAAAAUUGUAACCAAACAAACUCAAAGUUUAUACAGAGAUCAAGUGAUAAAUGUUUUCAAAAAUUAUAAAAACAAUCCAAAAAAACCUUCUUUUUAA